AGAGACAGCCUGAGCCACACGCUUUGUCACCCAGCUCUCACUCAGCUCGUGGCCUUCGGGGAAUGUUGGUACUGAAAGGAGACGGCGCAGCACCGUAAGAGAAAUCAUCAUCUCCCUCUUACCACGGAAAAAAUCUGAUUCCUCCGGCAUCCUUAAAAAGCAGAGCUGGGCUGAAUCGCUGCCAGCACGGCACACGAGAUCCAGAAGUCUUUGAGGCGGCGGGCAGAGCAAGCCAACAACGCGCAGCACAGCCCACCUCUGGGCAGCACCAGCGCACAGCCUUGCCGUGUGCAUGCACGGAGGGGCCCAGGAGGGUCCCUCCGCCUGGCACCGAGAUGCACAUUGCAGCAAGGACUGCCGGAGGGACUGCGAAUUGUGGCUGCCUGUGCAGACAGCGCAGCACUGAGGAAGCCUGCGUGCACAGGCAGAUGGCUGGCUCAGUCAGCUUGCGAUAGAUGACCAGACAAAGGAAGGGAAGCAGGAAUUCUGAGGCCAAAGAGGUAAUAUCAGGAAGACUGGCAAGCACUAAAGAGCCAUUCUCCAGUUUCAGACAUCUCUUGGAAGAAGGGUGACACUCGGCCAACAAAGUAUCAUCGACCACAGCCGUGGAACAGUUACUAUUCUUCCAGCUCAUUUUGAGGACAUUCUGUAAGUUUUCAACUCCUAGGGGAAACUUUGCUGAGCUGCCGCUGAGCGCACCAAUCAUGGUAGCAGAGCCUGGAAGGAGAACACAGAAUGCGGGCAGUGAGCUUGGCACAUCCAUCCAUUCAUCCUCAGAAGCCUCCCUCAAAGGUGAAAGCCCAGGAGAACCACAAUCUCCAUGUAACACUACCACCACAGAAGUGCACAGAGGAUGGACACAGAGUCUGCAGGCAGAAUUUGCUUCUGAGUUUCUGCAUGUCCUGUACAACAGCGCUGAGCAGCACAACAGUGAAUGCAGCAUGAGGAAGUGAGACAAAUUAGAAGAACUGAGUUCUGACGGUCAGUCUGAGCUGAAAGACAGGCUGCAGCUUCUGUCUGCAACUGAAGCCAAGUGGUCUGUAAUGCCUGCAAUUACAGCACUUUACAAACCGAAGAGGAAAGUCUUGACCAUAAGCCGAUUAAUUCUGAACUAAUUUUAAGGGUUCAGAAGACAUAAAAUACUUCAUUACUAAAGAUUUAAAUGUUGCACGUCUACAUGAAGAUAUAUAUAUUUGCUCAAAGUUCAGAAGAUUUGAGGGUAAAAUUAAUCAUCUUCCUUACACUUAAUUGCAUUCAGCCUUGAGAUACAUACUUCUACGACUUCUGUAAAUUUGGCUUACAUUUAUUUUUGUAUAGCUACAGUUAUACAUGCGUCUCAUGUUGCUCCUUCUGUUUAUGUUCUCUGAUUUGGAAACACUGCUUUACUACAGGCAAAGUUGCUCUACAAGCAUUUACAUCCAUUCUGCCUUUGAAUACACAUGCAACAUAGCUUACCUGGAGAUAAAAAGAAUGGACUUCUGAGGGAUGUCUUUCCCAGGGGACUUAUUUUUCCAGGAAGACACCUCUGCUACAAUAUUUCUUCAUGUAGGACUUCCUGAGCAUAGCCAUGCAAUAUUUAAAGUAAAGGCAUCAGAGGAAUGCAAUUUCUUCCAGACCACAACUCUCCAAAUUGUCUAAAGGAGGCAAAGGGAAAUGCUGCAGUUUAACGAGGAAAGAAAACUGACAGAAGACCACAAACCACAUGGUCAGGAGGUAUCCAACAAGGAUCUUUUACUCCCUUUCCACUGACAUCUUCCUGCUGCUCCAUCCUGUUCCCCUCUCUCGUCUAACCUCUGCUGAUGCUGAACAUCUCUACCCAAUCCACACGUGGCAUGCUUUGAAAUACACCACUCGAUACCAUUUAACCACAGUCCCCUUCUCUAAAACCGAAUGAUUGACACAAUUUCAGAAGUCUCAGACUGACCCAGCUACUGAGAAUAAGCAGAAGCAGAAGCAUAGACACUGCUUUAAAACUGCAGCAUACGUCUGUGAACCAAUUGCAUGGUCAAGAAAUGUGGGCUGCGACUUUAGAUAUGCAGUCAUUUCAUGAAACCAGAUUUGGGGCAAUAGGGGUGAACAGUGGGGUUUCUGUGGUUCCUUUGGCUGAAGAGGUUCAUGUUUCUGGCACUGAGUGCAUUCAAACACUGUAGUAUGGAGACACCAAACGGAAAACCACUCAGGUAAGGAGUAAAAAGAUCGGGUGACAAUCGUAUUCUGAAGCUUUGUGGCUAUAGCAGUGUGUGAGCAACCUCUUCAGUUUCUGGGAAAUCUACUGCAAAUCAUGACAACAGUGUACAUGACAUCUGUGCUGAGAAUGUUUGCAACUCUAAGUAAUGAGGCUGGCUGUGGAAAGUUCACAAAGGCUGUAUAUGGAAAGGUAAGAGUAAUACUGAAAUCAAAGCAGAGGCACCUUCACCUGUGCUGCAAAGACACAUUAUUUUAGUUACUUUACUUGAUUUGUCAAAAAAGUUUUGAUUUUGAAGACUUUUAUAAUAAUUACACGUAGAAGUGGGCAAAUACGUGCAAUAUACAAACUACGCAGAAGAGGGAAAGCCUACAUGUGUUCUAAAGGACUGUUAUCUUUCUUUUUUCUUUGGAAUGCUUAUGGAUUUAAACAUGUGCCUCCAGGUUACGGUUUAAAAUGGUCAUACAAUCACUGAAUAAGAUGAUAUUUGCAUGCAUCGUCACAGAUUCAGAGUACUUCUCUUUUCAAGGCUUUCCCUCCAUUUACAUACUUAGUAGGCUUUGACAGUUACGGUUUUACUUCCUCUUGCACAAGGAACAACAAACCAUUUUGAAGAGGGUACUGUUGACCUUUGAUGUGACAAGAGCCUGUUGCUGGCUCACAUUAAACUUGGUGUCCACCAGGACAACCAGGUUCUUCUCAGCAAAACUUCCUUCCAGUCACUCGGUCCCCUAUGCAUACUGGCAUGUGAGGUUAUUCCUUCCCAGGUUCCACAAUUCCAUUUGUUAAAUUUCAUGCCGCUUUGUGAAACUUUCUCCAGCCUGCCAAAGCCCCUCUCCUCGUGUGGCAGCCACACCUCCCAGUCUUGUGCUAUCUCUGCAAGUUUGCAGGUGAUAAAUACUCUGUCACAGCAUCUGUGUCAGUGAUGAAGAAGUUAAGCAGUAUUAGGGUCAGUAUCAAGCCCUGGGCUAUACUAUUAGGGACUGGCUAGCCACUGGAUUGUGUACCUCUAGUCCUCUGAGCCCAGCAGUUCAGUCAGCGUUCAGUCCACAUCAGAGUGUUCAAUCCACUUACCUAGGCCACACUUCAUAGGUUUAUAUCUUUGAGGAUGGCAUGGGAGACAACGUAGAAAACACGUUAAAAGUUGAGAUAAACAACACUGACUGCUCUCCCAAAUCCCCCAAGCCAUUUAUCCCAUUGCAGAAAGCUACCACGUCGGUUAAGCACUGUUUUCACUUUGUGAAUCCAUGCUGGCUACUCACCAUCACUUUCUUUUCCUUCACAUGUCUGCAGAUCAUUCCCAGGGUUUGAGGUGAAGCUGCCUUGACUGUAGUUCCCUGGAACCUCCCUCAGAACAGGCUGGCCAUUUCUGAAACUAGACAGAAACACACCCUGGCCAAGAUCUCAAACCAAAGCAAAUGGUGGUCACCUGUCAGCACUGCACAUAUCAACCAACUGCUGCCUACUCUAUACCUGAACAGAAACUAGCAUCACAUGGUGCAUAAAAGAAGACAGUCAUUUAUAGAUAUGACUUUAAAUUAAAGCACUGAAGCUUAUGAAUGACAUUCUCAGUCUACGUGAACUUAAAAAGGAAACGAUGAAGAAUCUCUUAUUCCUUCCUACCAUUCAUAUAGCGGUAUGCAAGAAAGUAAAUCUUCACAAGCAUCUUCCUGUCCAAAAAAAAAAAUAGGAAAGUGCAUCACUAAUAAUCAAAUUAACUUAAGACUCUGUAUUAACAUCAUUACUAUUGCCAUCCUGUUAAUUUCAGGACUGAUACAUACGCACAAAAGUUAGCAGUGUAGUUGAUAUAUAUAAGGAAGGGAGGAUAUAUUGGAAGCCACGGAGAAAGUUUAGAUGUGCUGUAGAGAAAAUGAAUGAGUUCUCUGCAGUAUGUUUCAGCUCUGUAGUAUGUCCCAGAGUUGAUUUUCUUCACAGUGGCUGGUAUGAUGCUACGUGUUGGCAUUAGGAGAAAAACUAUGUUGAUAACACACCGAUGUUUUUGUUGUUACUGAGUAGUGCUGUACAGAGCCAAGGUCAUUUUAGUUUCUCCAUUUCUUGUACUGUCCUGACAGCAAGGAAGCUGGUAGGGCACAAGGAGUGGAGGGGGGACAGAACCAGGACAGCUGACCUAAACUGCCCAAAGGGGUAUUCCAUGCCACAUGGCAUCAUGUGGAGGCUAUACAACUAAGGGGAGCAGCUACUGCUUAGGGACUGGCUGGUUAUCAGUCAGCGGGUGCUGAGCAAUUGUGUUGUGCAUCACUUGUUUUGUAAAUAUAUGUGUAUAUUUAAUAAUUAGCAUCAUUACUAUUAUUUAUCUCUUCCUUUUUUUUUUGUCCUAGUAAAUGGUUUUUAUCUCAACCUGUUGUUCAUAGUGCAGUUUUUACUUACUUUCAAGGUUGUUUUUCUUAACUCUGGCCAUGUUGUUCAUCACUCUGAAAGCUGGUCUAGGCUUAUUUAUGAUGUUUCCAGCUUGUAUAUAGCAUAUUCUCCUGUUAUAACACGAUCCGGUUGUGGAUUUAUUUUGGUACUUGUACUCAGCAGUGCACAUUCUCACACUUUAGGAACUUUAUCAUGGAAACUUAACAAGUACAUUCUUUACUCCAGGUGAGUUAAAAUAGUUGUUGAAAAUUUUGAGUAUACCUGGGAUAUUCAAACUAGAAUGACUUCAUUGCCAUGUCCUCUGUAUGCGUUUCUGGUUUUAUUUAUGGUUAAGAAACUAUUUAAAAAUAGCACGCAGAGAUCUCUCCUGAGGCAGGAUGGUUUGGGUGGCAAGGUAUGUGAGAGGACACGGGCAGGCAUCUAUCAUGAUUAUCACCUCCAGCGGGUUUGGAUCUCCAAAAUAGCUGACAGAAUGUUUUUAAAAGGUGUGACCUGAUCCUGGCAAUGCCAAAGCGUAACAGCUUACUGCACUGUGCUGUGGUCUGGCCUGCACCUAUCAAAUAUUCAGUGCUAUUCAGCACCCUCAAAAAUACGAAAAUGCUUCUGGAUCAGAUCCAAUUCAUGUGACAGGCCCUGUGGUAGACCCAACCCCUGUGACAAGCCCUGUAGUUGAACAGGAGAUCCAACCUAUACCAGUAACUGUUGCCCCCGCACAAGCAGAAACAAUGGAAGUACAAGUCAGCUCAUUGAGUAAGGAAGCAAGAAGAGGAUGAUGAAGGCUACUCUAUACCAGGGCCAUCACAAGAACAGGAGGAAGAGGCAGAGGCUAUAAGUGAGUCAAUAACCACCUGAUGCCUGAUACCUGUGCAAGAUAUGUGGAAAGAUUUCAGCGAUCAUCCAGGUGAGCACGCUGUCACCCAGCCGCUUCAAUGCUGGGAUGUGGUGUUGAUAGUCUGGAUUCAGUGAGCAUGGGAGCCAGGUUGCUGCAGUUCCUCUCUAGGGAUGGGGACAUUGACAAAGCAAUUACAAAAAAUGAAAAAAUCUCUCCCCUUUUAGAUGCAAUUCCUGUCAGCUGUGAAGGAAGUGUAUCCCUACAGGGACAAUAUUAUGUCAACCAGGCAAGUGGACCACCAUGGAAAGAGGUAUCCAGUAUCUGAGGGAAUUGGCUGUGCUGGAGAUGGUGCAUAAUAUUGGCCUGAACUUCUGAUUAUUCCAAAAUUGAGAUGUGUUAUUCCACAAUCCAUGUGGCGUAAGUUUGUACGGAGUUCACCAUCUCUGUAUGCCAACUCACUGCAGAAAUGACCUGGAAAGAGGGAGAGGAACAAAUGGUGGAUAAAUUCGCUGAUGAACUCCAGCAAAAUAUCUCUCUCCUUCUCUCUAAGGGCCUGUGUUUCAGCUGUGGAGAAGCAUUCCGAAGUGGCCCAACAACUCAAAGGGAAUAAAUCUUCUGUCCUAUCUGCAUGGACUAGCAUCUCAGAUACCAGAAGUAAGCAUUUUUUAAUUCAAGACAGAAGAUAUAUUGGGUAUACACCACGUGCUAACCGGUGGUCUUACCUGCAUGGCCAUGGAGAGGAUAUGAGGAAAUGGGAUGGAAAACUCACUUGAAGCCUAGAGGUAUGGAUAUGUGAGUUGCGAGGGAAAGCCAUCACAAAAGAGAGUUCUUCCUGGAAAAUGACCACUCCAGUCUCCAGUGGGCAGUUCUUCAAACAGAGUAGGUGGUCUGACCUUAUUUCUGAGUUUGAUAACCAGCCUUGUGGUUUGCAUUCAUGACUGAUGAAUAGAAUAACCAGAACUAGAAGGGCCCUGCCUCCAGUCAGGUGGAGGAAAGGGACAAUCGGGUUUAUUGGGCUGUGCGGAUUCAAUGGCUUGGCACAUCAGAACCACAGGAGUAUAAGAGCCUAGUGCCAUAAAGUUAUGAAGGGUCAGAACCUGUCUGUACCUCCGGAGUGACAGGGGGAUCCCAGGAGCUAAUUUUAGUGGAGUCUGAAUUGAGCCUGACUGAGAAUGAGUAGCAAAAACACCCCAUUGCGACUGGUCCAGAGGCUCUGCACAUCCUUGGUGUAGAUUACCUCAGGAAAGGGUACUUCAAGGACUCAAAGAAUACCAAUAGGUUUUUUGUAUAGGUGCCUUGGAGAUGGAGAACAUCAGGCAACUGUCUACCUCGCCCAUCCUCUCAAAAGACCUUUCUGAUGGGGGAUUGCUAAGAGCUGAAGAACAGCAGGCACUGAUCACUACCACACUGGUGCACCAGUGGUAGUAUCAUACUGUUUGAGAUUCCCCGAUUUCCCAUCCAUCAGUUGAUUUGUUAGCCGCAGAACCACAAACCUGAAAUAGCAAAUGCCAUGUGCUUACAAUGGAGAAAAUAACUACCAGGUGGCUGGAAACAUAUCCUAUACCCCGUGCCACUGCCCAAAAUACUACCUUAGGCCUUGAAGACUUGUGGUGAUAUGGUACUCAUCACCACACUCCAGGCAGUGCUGGGCAUGUCACAACCUAUCAGAGCAACAAAGAAAUGCUCUAUUAUGACGGUACAACACUCAGAGGAUUCAACAGGGACGCGUACUUCUGUAAGCACCCCAGCAUAUCAACAGGGUGUUGCUCUAUAACAGGUAAUGGCAGUAGCAGGGCUUUCAGUCCUCUCUACCCCCAACCUCCCUUCAUUUCCCACCCAGCCCAUCUGUGCCCCUAGCCAGGUGCCCUUAUACAGGGGACAGGGGCCCUGCCCCCUAUUUUGACCAAGCCCUGAGCAUUCUAAAACCAACUGCUCACUGGCUGGGCACCUGGUUGUACAGUUACCAAUGGUGCCCAAGCAGCACAGGGCAAGGCAUGCAGUCAAACCUCCCAGUGAAGCCACCUGCACACACCCAGCCCCUUGGAGCUCCCCUAGCCUCACUGGAUAGGACAGCAGUGACGGCAACAUGCUCCCCCAAGGAGCAUCACAUAAAGCCCCAACUCCCUCUGCCAUCACUCGGAGCAUCACGUUGGUGCUGCUCCAGUCUUGAGGACAGAAUCUGUGCAUGAGAUGGAGAUAGGGUGAAGCACCUGGGCUGAAGGGCCCUGAAAACCCAAUAAGGCUUUCACAUUGCUUCUGACCCAGCAUAAAGAAACCCUCUGCAAACCCAGAGCAUAGAAAACCUCACUGCUUAAGAAAAGCACGUAAGAAGGAACGGUGGUGGUGAUGUCGAUUUCAAAAUGUCCUGAAACACAUUGAAAAGACAAGUGAUUAGAGAGGAAACAUUGCUUUAUUUCUGCACAGCACUCAAGGUGAGUAAUCUCCACAAAUCAAGUGGAUCUGAGUCAUCGCACUCUCCACUAUUUAUAACCCAGCAGUUCUCAGUACACACCUAUCCACUACAUAAGGCAUCUAUCUAUUACAUAUUCAUGAGAUUACUGCAAGUACAAGGUUACGCAAACGUAUCCGAAUCUUCUGUGCUUGUGCAGGGGUCGGUGGUCAUAUGGGGAGGUGUCCUCCUCAUGCUAUCCAUGUGAGGACACAGGUUUUCUAAGGGCACUUGGUCUCCACUUAGUUUCCAAUGAUUGGUUACUGUUUGGGACUUCAGCCCCCAUUUAGAGGAUGUUGCUGUUAUUAUAGAAGCCUGGUGGUUAGAAAGGACAUUUAUCAGUGAUAAGCAACACAUCUGGAAGCUAUAGCAAGUACCUCAACUAGACAAAAUGGGGUAUCUUCAAGGACAUUGCUCUAGUUAUCUUGUGUAGAACUACAUCUGCAUAGAAAACCAUUUAAGAAGAGCACAUAAAACCAGUGUUUCAGAAGGAAUGGUAGUGACACAUGGAAGCUGGGAAAUUUCAGCUCUCAGGUCCACAGCCACAGUUGCUCCUUCCCUCACCAGAGCUGCAUGCUCACAUCUGCUGUACUUGUACUGCUGUAGCUUAACAGCAGAUACCUGCACGUUUCUUUGCAGCACAAAGCCAUCCAGCUCAUGUCGCAGAUGGCACAGCCCCUGUUGGCCACACUGCAAACUGAAGCCUUGCUGAAAAAGCAGUCAGGACUUUGCCAGUGUGACUGAGCUUUCCCCCUGCAGGCAGGAGGAAGCUCCAAGCGCACUGCCCAUUUGGAAUAAGAUCUUCAUCCAUCCAUCCUCUGACUCAAAACUUUAGUAGCAUUUUAGCUUUCUUGCUCUGGUUUCAGACACUUUGUCAUCAUCAGAUCACAAUUUUUCCAAAGAAGAUGUCAGACUGGGCAUCUCCAGAAAUGUCAUUCACUGUCACCAAAUCAUGAUGCUUCUCAGUGAGUCUAAGGCUCUAUUCAGUGGAUUCUGACUAGUAAACAGCUGAAGCAGCUUCUUCAUCUUUCCCAACAAGUACCCAUUAGGAGUUCAAUUUUACACCAUGAAUACUCAUAAACUCACACUGCGGACUGAAGAGUUUUGCCUUCAAACCAAGUAUUUGCUGUGAUAAGCCUGAAUGUGAGCUAGCAGGUGAUCCCCUCCAAAAAAUAUCUAACCUCUCCUUUCUGAGCACAGUUGGAGGGGUAAGGGUUUUAAAGACAGGCAGUUAUACUGAUUGCAGUUCCUCGUCAAAAACUGCUGCAUCAUCUUCGGUAGAGUACACUUCCCUUCUAUGGUUUGAACUGACUCUACCUCAAUGGCCAGCAUCAAAAUCAUGCCUAAACUGCAGCUUUCUUGAUGGUAUGUAUUAUCUGAAGGCUUAGGCAAACUGCUCAUGUCCAUCAGUCUGUCAAGGUGUUCACCCUCUUCCCCAUCCAUUCACACAAGUGUGUGGACCACACAAGAUAGGUACAAAGGUGACACCUUUUAGCGUAAGUAAAGAUGCAGUGACCGAACUCUUCUCAUGGUUAAUUAUGUCUGUUUUCCAAGGGAUUCCAAAUGGGUCCACCUGGAAGACCUUCAGAAACACAAAGGGUAGAGAAAGGAAUCGUCCCUGGAAAACAAACUAAUCUCCAGAGAGAUUUCUCUUCAGACUUUCAGCCAAUUCUUCAAAGCAAGCAAAAAAUCAGGUUUCUCUGAGCAACAGCAGAAUUACAAGGUUAGCUCAAAGCCAGAUGAGAGAGAAGGAAAGAAUCCAAAUCUCAUCCCAAUCCUGCCAACACGUUUUCUGGCAAAUCUAAUAGUCUGAAUGUCCAAACUUGUCCUCUGUGUAUCCCCUUCUGAACGAAACAUACUGAAUGGAAUGAACUCCUGCACUGCAUUUGCAGGAGACUUUGCAUCUUGCAGACGUGGUGUAAUAGCAUAGCCUUCAUUGUUCAAGUUGUCAGACCCUAGGAGACUGCAGUCAUCAAACUCUGCAGGAGCACAGUCAAACUCUAGGGGUGUGGGAUAAUCAAAAUGUGGUGGAAUGCAGUCCUCAAAUCCUGGAGCACUGCAGGGCUCAAAUUCUGGAUGGAUGUUCUUCUCAAAGCUGGGAGCACCACACACUUCAUUAACUGAAGCAGGAGGCUUUACAGCUGUCCUACCUCUGAGCUCUGGCAACUUGGGUUUCUCUUCACCUAGAAGAAAACAUCAGUUGAACAGAAAUCUUAAUGCCAACCACACUACAGCCACAGGACCUUCUUCAUCUCCACCACUCACGUAGGUGGAGGAGCACAUUGCCUGUGCACAGCUGGCUCUGGCCUUUCUCCUACCUCCUGAGGAGAGAUGUGGGUGGAGCUGCAAUGGACAUGAGGGCACCCACAAGCACUGGCUGACCCCUCAGUAGCAGAUCACUGCCCAUCUGUGUUGGGACACAAAGACACUGCUGCCAUCCUCAGGGUCUGUUCUCCUAGCCCUUCAAACUCGGACUCAGUUUGUGCCUUUGCUUUCCAAUGACACAGUCCUUGCCUCUGGAUUUUCUUAUACCUGGCAAUGAUACAGAGGGGCCUGGAAAAACCCAUUCACACCUGAGGCAGCAAAUGGAGCUUUCACUGGCUCACCUUCUCCUCUGUGCUGUGCUGGUAAUAGCAGGGCUUCUGGCCAACAGCUCACUCACAUCUGCCAGUACUGCUGAGCAAAGACACCUAAGCAUUUUGGAUAGGGCUGGCUGGAGGUCUGCACACCAGUAACUUGGGCCUAGUCUUCAUCUCUACUGGCACAGCAGCCCGUGACCACAGUAUGGGGGAGCACUGCCCUAACACUCCAUUGAGCAUAGGCCAACAGGCCAGGAACUGAGAACAACUGCUCUGCAUGGGCAGCAGAACUUCCCCUGCCCCAACCUGAAUGUUGCUUCCAAUCCACUGUACAAGUUAAUGGAAAAUUCUGCUAACACUCUUACCGUUUGCUGCUUUAAUAUAGCACUGCUUUUGGUUUGUUCCCUUGUGUUUGCUUCCGAUUACCUUCAAAUGUGGAGACAAGAUGUGUAUCCAUGUCAGCUGUUGCUGGGUUAGUCUCUUGGCUGCUGUUCAGCAACUCUUAUUCUUUUGCUCAGCGGAAUUUGUACCAUGCGUUCCUUGCACACAAGGGUUUUCAUCAUUUUCUGAGAGGAGAAAAAACAGUUAGUUGAAAACAGUGUGAGGAUGACAACAGAUGAGUUCAGAUGUCAGCCCCUGGACUGGCUUCUGACAGCCAUGCAUUAGGUAGUCUUACUUCUUCAGCUACUUCUGGGGCAGCAACGGAAGCUUUUAUAGCAGAAUAAAGGAAAAACACUAGCUCAUGGAUCAGAGUUCAGACAAAGGAAGUGGUGUAGGAAACACUCCAGUACAAUUACAGCAUUUUCACCAGAACAUCCUUACAAUUCCCUCUGCAAAGUGUUCUCUUACUAGUUCAACAUACUGUUCUCAGGCACCAGCUAUUGAAUCCAGUACUGCUAGUGAAGUCACCAGUUAGGGGACUCACAUAUGGCGAGGGACUAGAAUCUGCCCUGUGGAACAAUAUGUAGCCAGAAGUCACUCUGGGGAUCUGGGUUAAGCAGGAAAUAUCUUGAUCAGAGCAGAUAGCAAAUGAAAUGUCCCUGCUUUCUAGGUGAAGCCCAAUAUCUAGAAUUGUUCCAGAUUUGUGAGAUAAAAUAUAAGCAAAAUAAUUAAGUUGAAACCUAGGUCUCAGCUGUGCCUCUCAAAGAGAACAUCCAAGUUUCACUUCCCUGUACCCACUACCUCCAUCACUUACUACAGCUACAAAACAGAAAAGAAGCCCAAGAAUCACAUCUGUCCACACAACUCAGUAGGAUUAAGUCAGUCAUACCUCGCACUCUCAGCUCCCUGUUUGCAACCAACAGAAAACCACAUGAUGACAUGUACUGAAGGAGGACAUUUCAUUCCAGUCACACUACUCAAGAUUGUCAUCUGUCAGUCUCAAGCAUGCAAGCUGCAAGUUUGCUCCUCCUAUCUAGAUUUAAGCCAAAUCAAGUAAAAAAGCAGAUACACAUACCUGAAAUAUUUGCAGGGAGCAGUGAAAAAAACCAUACUCUUCAUUUAGCUCAGUUGCCUAUAGUUUAUCGCCUACUAGGGAAAAGUAAUGCCCAGGAGGACAUAAAAGCUAAUACUUCUACUCACUGAGCUUAUAUUUCUUCAAUCUCUUCAUGCACCCUCUUCCAUCCUAAGUACACCCUCCCCUUAGAGCUUUCCUUUCCUCUUCAACCUCUGUUUUCUGUUUAAGCCUUCCAAACAUCUACUCCUUCCUACCAGAUGAGAUGUCUUUUGCCUUCAUUACCUAUGUGCUGAACAAACGUUGCAAAACACCCCCAGGCACUAACAGCAUCUUGUCAGAAGGCCACCAUCUUUCAUCCUCCACACUGUGCAAACCCACUUUGUCCUAUGACUAUGCAUUGAAAAGGGUAGAUGUGGCACUGAGGGACAUGUUUUGUGGGCAUGCUGGUGAUUAUGGUUGGACUGGGUCAUCUUAGAUCUUAGGGUGGUCUUUUCCAAUCAUAAUGGUUCUAUGAUUACUGCAGGGAAAGAGGAACCUUUUUUUUUUUUUUUCCUCAUUAAUUGCUUUCAUCUCAAAUGAACCCCACUUUGCUUGGUCAGUAGAAAGGCUAAUUUUAACCAAACCAAAAAAAAAUACGCUGAUGUAAAACUGGUUGAACUCAAACAAAUUCAGAACAAAACCACAAUCGUAGGCAGCAUUUAAAUUAAAAGCUACCCACUUUCCCCACCACGGUAACCCUUGCAGAUGUGCAAGUGAAUAACUUCUUAUUUUGGGGAUAGUCAAACAAACUCAAAUUUACAGGAAAGUCCCUCUGAUAUAUGUAAACCAGCAAGCACUUAAAGAUACAGCAUUUACUGCCUCCCCAGUCACAGAUGACAGUAUUUCCAACAUACACUGGAGUAACACAAAGUAGAAAUAAAAUGACACUUUCAGCCAUCCUCAGUCUUUGGCUGAAGUAGUCAAGCUGACGAAAGAACGCCCAGCUUUAUCCAGGAAGGUUUUACAUGAGGUAGUCUCUACUUCAUCUAUCUGUUAAUUAGAUGAUUGCUCACGCAUUCUGUGAAUUUGGGGCAAUCUCUUACAUAAUCCAGUAGGUAAUCCAGUACACAAUCUCUUACGUAAUCCAAUAGACAAAUGGUUUGAACAUUGAAUCUGGACAAAAAAAAGCUCUGCAAUUUUAAAUGGUACUCACCAAUAUUCACGUUAGUGAUGCCUUCGUACACAGUUCUCCCAUAUCUGUCACUCACUUCUAUAGAAUAUAUGCCACUGUCACUAAUCUGAAUUUUGUCUAGUCAGAAACUGUAAUUAGACACAACCUCAGACCUGUUAACAUAUUCCCAAUGGCACCGAAACCAAGAACCAUUUAUCCAAGCUACUUCUGUAUUUUCCUUUUUCCAGACUACUUGGAAGAACUGUUUCAGCAUCAUCUCAGUUAGCUUCAAGAAUAUGGAUCCACCAAUAAAUCCUGUGAUUUCUUUAGAUCUUUCCACUCACGAGAGGAGAAAAAUGUAUGUUCAUUACUGUGGUAUUUGACAUGCCGUAGAGUGACCACAAGCAGGAAUAUUCUUGUUAUAUCUUCCUAAUUGGGAACGUUCUUUGCUCUGAUGGAAAUAUCAGCCCAAAAAUCAAUACAGAGAGAUAUGUUAUAAUACUGUCUUAAUAACCUAACUUGCAGUAAGACAGCUUUUUCCCCACUCUACUAAUGCUUCUUCCAUUCCAUCUGCAUACACAGCUUUUUCAUCACUACACCAAGGUUGGUCCAAUAGCGGGUAAACUAUAGGUUAGCGGCACUCUAUCCAGCCUUAAAACUUUAAUUGAUACUAAAAACAUUAAUGAGUUAUCUGCACAAGACAAAUAAAUCAAGGGUAGCCACUUCAUAUUUUGCAUCUCCAUUACAGUCUCAGCUCCUUACUGCAGCUCACAUGGACAAACUUAGGUUAGUGGUAACAUACCAGGAUGUUGUAGUGGCACAGAGCUUUGGGUGGGCUGCAAAACUUGCUGGUGAGGCUGCACACUACUUAGCUCACACUGAGCUCUACCUCUGCAGGGGUAAAGGGCAUAUAUUGAAAAUAUGUUAUCAAAAAUGCACAGCACACUCAAACUUACUGCUCAGUUUCACGCAAAUGCAAGCCAUCCUUAUCACAUCCUUCUGCCACGUACUCUCCCUUCAUCUCUCCAUUUGCACCAGGCAAAGGUUCAAGCUGCCACUGGGGAACACACUAGCCCUGUUGUGGUACACUGCAGAGACAUUUUCUGUUUGCCUUCUUAUCUGGGCCACUGACUGUUUGUCUUUCUUCCAGAUGACAUGGACGUACCCAGCUGACUGCAAGCAUGCCGGGUGAAAAGCAUCACAGUUACCUAGAAGCCCUCUGACAAGCAUGGGAUGUUCACACCUCGCUCUGAAUGGCAGCUUUGUGCCCGAGGGUGACCAUGCAGAGAACGCUCAGCCAGCGACGGCACUUCGGGAGCAGACUGAGGGACCCCAAGGAGCCUGAGAGAUGGAACUCUACACUGGGAUGACUCCCACAGCCUCCACGGUCCGAUGCAGCCACAGGAUAACUAUGGAGGAGGAUUCCUGAUUGGUGAACCUGACAUAACCUGCCCAGAUGGACCAAGGAGAAGAUCAAGAUCACGAGGCCUCAAAGGAGAUGCACAUGAGUGCUGAGAUCGAUCCCUUUCUGAAACACUUUGCAAGCACAGAUCAGCAGGACUUGUUGGCAGCAGGAUCCCUAGGAGGAAAGGAACAGCUGGAGAAAAGCCAUGGAAGUCAGCGUGGUUCCACAGAGGCACGGAGAGGUGGCCACAGGGAGGCAGAGGAGGCUAAGCAGCCUUGUUCUGCUAUCAGCCUGGUGAAAAGACAAGAGAGAAGGGUGGCAGCAGCCCCACGGGGAGCCCCUCGUGCAGAGCAGCCCACCAUCUGCUCCGAGUGUGGCAAGGGCUUCAGCCGGAGCAUCCACCUCAUCCAGCACCAGCGAAUGCACACCGGGGAGCGCCCGUUCCUGUGUGGGGAGUGUGGCAAGGGCUUCAGCCAGAGCUCCCACCUCAUCCAGCACCGGCGGGUCCAUACUGGCCAGAAACCCUACACCUGUGCAGAGUGUGGAAAGAGCUUCAGCCAGAGCUCCAACCUCCUGAAGCACCAGCGCAUCCACACCGGGCUCAAACCCUACAUGUGCAGCGAGUGUGGGAAGAUCUUCAGCGACAGCUCCACCUGCAUCAAACACCAGCGUAUGCACACAGGCGAGCGGCCCUACAAGUGCUCAGCCUGUGGGAAAAGCUUCAGCCAGCGCUCCCACCUCCUCCAGCACCAGCAGGCCCACAACGGUGUCCGGCCUUACUCUUGCGGUCAGUGUGGCAAACGCUUUGGGCAGAGCUCCGACCUCAUUAACCACGCUCGUACCCACACAGGUGAGAAGCCUUACAAAUGCAGCCAGUGUGGCCGGGGCUUCAGUGGCAACUCCAACCUCAUCAAGCACACCCGCAUCCACACGGGCGAGCAGCCGUACCACUGCGGCCAGUGCGGAGCAAGCUUUCGUUUCCAGCCCCAGCUGGUGCGCCACCAAAAGCACCAUACAGAGUAGUUGGCCAUGUGGACCAUGGGCCGUGGAACUGGUGCUGGAAAGACAGCUGGACGCCCCGUACGGGGUGUGAACUGGGGGAAGGGACCCCUCAGGGCCUGUGCCCUUCUGGCUAAAUCGGUUUGUGAGCGCUGCCUAGGCACUCAGCCUGCACUGAAUGCACUAGUGCAGCUUCACUGCGUGGGGUGGCUGUUCUCAGCCCCUCUUUUGGGGAUGAGGAAGGAAAGCUGCUUACCAUAUGGUACGUCCAAGACCAGGAGGGUGAACACAGAGACGUUCCAAGGAUCAGUGCCUUCUUUUGCUAUUCUUAGAGGGGUGUGAUUUUUGUCCUAAAAUCUAUUUUCUGUAUGCAUUGCCUGGAUUUUGCCCUUUGUUGUAAGGCCAUAGCUUAGCAUGAUUGCUCCCCUCAGAAUCCACAUCUCCCGCUUGGCAGUUUUCUUGGGUUUAGGUGGUGUUAGCUAUUUAUUUCAAACCCCUUUGACACGGAGUUGGAUGCCCCUGAGUAUAUGUCACAGGCCCAGCCGUCCUCUGUGCAGGCCAUGUCUGUGGAACUGUAUUUCUGCUGGGUUGGAUGGCUGUUAAAUUGACAGGUUCUCAGAUGAUGACGCUGUUUGACAGCUUUGUCCUCAGCAGCAAUUAAGUAAAUUAACAUCCUUAUAGGCACUUCUCUCAGAUUCUUGUUUAGGCGCUUUUGUGGGUGGCACUUUACCAAUGUUUUUAUAAUGCUUUUAGAAGUAUUUAGGAUGGCUUUUUUAAUUGUGAUCUUUAAUUGACAGUUGAUGAAAAGAAAGAGGAUGAUGUUUAAAAAAUAAGCCAUGUCAAACCGAUUUUGUAUUCAGUGUUAAGCAUCCUUUCUUGCAUAAAAGUUUUUAACUCUAA